AUGGUAUUGGCGAGGCCAGGCGGCGCCAUUGCUGCGAGACGUCACUCGUUCGGCGACACCAAGGGCGCUUAUCUUCGGCUGUGGCCGCAGAAAACUGUUCACAUCGACGCGAUGCGGCGUGCGCGCGCGCACUCCCGGCCACGACCGGCACUCGGGCUGUUGCUGCUUCUAUUCCUUGUCUAUGGAGACGGAGUAAGAGCUGAAACCCUGGUGGGCACCCUGGGAGCCUUCCUACCUCCGUUCCUGCGUAAUAACUUCGAUGACCUGAGUAGAGGGGUGAGGGAGGCAUGGGCGGAGGGUGCCGGAUUAUCGGACGUGCCGAUCUAUCGAAGUGCCGGAUUAGAGAGAUUAUGCUGUGAAAUCCUCCCGCUGGAGAUCCUGUACUCCCGCCAGUACACCAUCGAGCUGCCCCUCGUGUACCUGCUGGAGUACACGCGCUUCAAGAACCGCACCUACCGCCUGCCCACCGCACACCUGCACAUCAAGCUCAAGCCCGCCCGGCCCCUGGUGCUCUACGUGCCGGGCUGGUGGAACACUCCGACCGACGAGUCAUCCCAGGCCAUCGUCAAAGCCUUGCUCAUCAAACAUCCCACAGUCUUGGUCCUCGACACCAGUGCGAGCUUCAGCCGCGGGUACGUCUCCGCCGCUUCGAGAGUCAAUCCUCUCGCCAACCUUAUUUACGAUUUCAUCGAAAACGUACGCGACAAAGGUGUGUCACUCUCUUCGAUCCAUCUCGUCGGCUUCAGCCUCGGAGCCCACGUGGUCGGGAUCACAGGUAAACUGGUGAAGAAGAACCUCGACGACACCAUCGGCAAGAUAACCGCCUUAGAUCCGGCCAAACCUUGCUUCAAGAACUCCUUGGAGUACAGGCUGGAUAAGGAGGAUGCUGAUUUCGUUCAGGUGGUGCACUCGAGUGCCGGGGUGCUGGGGCUGGAACAGCCGGUGGGGCACGUGGACGUGUACAUGAACGGCGUGGCCGGCAAGCAGCCCGAGUGCAUGGACAAAGGCAUCACCAUAGAAUGCGACCACGCGCAGUCCUGGAAGGUAUAUGCGGCUUCCGUGAUGGAUGAGGCGGCGAUGAUGGGGCGCCGCUGCCGGGACUGGAACGAGCUGGUGGGCGGGAAGUGCAAUGGGUCGAUGACUGCUGUGGGCUACAGCUGUGCCCGGUCAGCCCGGGGGCUGUUCCUGUAUAAGUCCCGCCGCGUGAAGAGGACUCAGGCUCAACCCAAAAUGAAAGUGUUCAACCUUUUCGACCUGCGCACCUGGCGUCGACAAUGGCUAAGAGCCAUAGACAGGGAAGAUUUAUUGGAAAAAGAAAACUUAAAAAUUACCAGUUAUGUGGUCUGCUCGGCGCAUUUCGAACAAUCUGACAUAUUAAUGGUGCCGAAACUGAAAGACACCGCGGUCCCAACGUUAUCACUGUACAAAUUGAGGAGAGGAGAGGAGGAAGUAGAGAAACUCUCACCAAAGUGUUCCAGAAAAUUCACAACACCAACGACGACCUUGUGCACCGACGUCAAAAUAGAAAUAGAAAUUGAGCCCAUUGACGAAGAAACACAAGAAUUGCUAGCGAUGCAAGAGGAAGCUCCGCCAACGCAACCACCAGCCACUGUGAAGAAUUUAAUAAAACGUAAACUAAUGAAUAAAAGAACUGAACCCGUAGUACCAAAAUUAAAAAUUCAACGAUUAACUAGAAAAAUUAAACAAGAGAAAGAAUAGGAUAACAGAGAGUGUGCCAAUAUAGUUAGCAGGUAUAGAAAAUGUACGUGUGUUUGUGUCACAUACCAAAGAUGUUGCUGCCGAAGAUGAAUGCAGCACCACACCACGUGCGUUACAUUAAGUGCGAAGUUGUAAAAAUUAUAAUUGUUAAUAGUUAUUAUGUAAAUACAAUCAUUUACUUUAGUUUUAGACAAAGAGAAGCUUACGUUUGCACCAAGACUUUGAUUAUUAACUAGUUUUAUGAGUUUUUGGUUCGUAUUAUAGAAAGAUUCUUAGUAAUUAAUCUAGUUUUGAGAACAGAAAGGGAUGUCGCUAUAUAUAGCACAUAGCGACAUCCCUUUCUAACUGUACUCAAGUGAAGAUCAACACCUAGUUGUCAUUCUGUAAUACGGGCCUUAAUCAGAAUAUAAUAGUGCACUGUUUUGAUUUGAUUUGUAAAUAUUUUUCAUACAAAGAAAGAUAGAUAGAAAAAAUUGGAUUGUGGCGAUUUUGAAUGCUGCCAUUAAAA